AUGCGUCUGCGCUGGGCAGGCAUGGCCGCUGUGCUCCCCACGUCGUUGGCUCUUCCCGCUCCAGCCCCAGAUACCAGCAUCGUUCUGCAUUUUAAAGGGACUCCGGCGGGAAACCAGAUUGAAAAUGGCCGUGAGCUGCGCAUAUUGCCCGUAGGAGACUCCAUUACCGUCGGCUAUGGAAGUGACGAGGGCGGAGACGGCGACGGCUACCGGCGCAAGCUGCGCGACGACUUGUCUGGGAACAAGGUUAUUUUCGCCGGCACGGAAACCACUGGUACCAUGGAGGAUGGAUACUUUGCAGCAUGGAGCGGCAAGACAAUUCAGUUUAUAUCGGACCAUGUCGAACCAUCACUCGAUCAGCGACCGAAUGUCGUUUUGCUCGCCGCCGGCACAAACGACAUGAACCCCAACCCAUCCAUCUCCACCGAAGGCAACGACCCCGUGCAGGCCGCUCUCCGGCUCGGCAGACUCGUCGACAAGAUCAUCACCAAAUAUCCCGGCGCCGUCCUCCUGGUUGCCGUCAUCACCGACACCUGCGACCCGGCGCAAGCGCCGGGCACGCGGCAGUUCCAGAAGCUGGUCCCGCGCGUCGUUCAGCAGCGCCGGGACGCCGGCCACCGCGUCCUCGCCGUCGACUUUACCAGCUUUGUCCGCGACAACGGCAAGGAGGUGCUACGCGACUGCAUACAUCCUACGAACAGCGGGUACUGGCUUAUGGGCGACUACUGGUACGACUUCUUGACGCAGGUGCCCGGCGGCUGGAUCCAGCCGCCGGUCGGCGGGGACCCGCAGCGGCCGGCGCUCGACGACCCCGGCUUGAACGGCGGCAUCGAGCGUCAUGUUCCGCCGCCAGACUUUGGACAGAGUCCGGUUGAUUCGAGACCGGAGGGGCGCUACAAGGACGUCCGGGACUGGGCUGUGGCCGGCCCGGCUAAGUGCGGCUCGAAGCCGGCGUGGAGAGCAACGGGGAAGAUUGCGCAUGGCCUUGGGCGAAAUGGGGACUGGAAAUUCCACAAGAACUGGACACAAGUGGACGAUAUUGCUGCUGGUUUUGGUCUGGACGGGGCGCAUGUCCGGCUACACGAUAUGAAUGGCGACGAUUACGUCUGGAUUGACCCAAACACGGGAGAAAUUCGAUGCUGGCUGAACAACCUCCCCAAGCCCUGGAGUCCCGCCGGGACCAACAACAGCAUCAUCGGCAGCGGCGCCGGCCGCGGAGAGACAGUCUACCUCGCAGAUAUGAACGGCGACGGGAUGGACGACUACCUCAUCGUGAAUCCUAGAAACGGCGCCGUCCGCGUCUUCUGGAACCACGGCCCGGACAGCCGCUGGGCCAACGGGUGGAAGUUUGUCGACGGCGGCGUCAUCGCCGCGGGCGUGCCGCACGCCAAUCUCGCGACGCUCCGGUUCCCCGACAUCAACGGCGACGGCCGCGCCGACUACGUCUACAUCGGCCAGGGCGGGUCGCUCGUGCACUGGCUCAACGUCGGCUCCGUGGGCGGGACGGACGUGGUCUGGCACAGCCAAAGGGGGAUAGCGACGGGCGUUGGUCUGGAGGACUUGUCGAGGCUCGUUUUUGCGGAUAUCAACGGGGACGGGCGAGACGACUACCUCGUUUAUGAUGACGACGGCGGGAUCUCUGGGUUCUUGAACCAGCGCACAAAUCGCGAAGGCGUGCCGCUUUUCAUUGACCAGGGUGGUGCCAGGUCGAUCAUGGAUGGCUUCGGGCAUGCGCCAAGCACACUUCGCCUAGCUGAUAUGGAUGGGGACGGCAAGGAUGACUACGUCUUCAUCGGCGACAACGGCUCCUUGUCCGUGUGGUACAAUCGCGGUACCAUCGACGACAGCAUGGCCAUUGACGGACUGCGAUUUGCCGACAUCACUGGAAGUCAAGGAAAGGAUUACGUCUGGGUUGAUCCAAAGAGCGGUGCCCCGAUCGUCUACUCCAAUAAUGGCGACUCAUGGAGUCCGGUCAACAACGGGCAUGCGAUUGCUGCCGGCGCGGCUCCGGGAAACCAGGUUGUUUUCGGCGACAUUGACGGGUACUCACCGUUCUGUGACGGAUAUGACGACUACUUGGUCCUUGAUCCUGAGACUGGGGCUCUGACAGCCCAUCUCCUUGUUCCAGGCGGAGGCGGCGAGAGCCAGUAUGGUGGCUACAUGUUCAAGCCCGUCGGCCAGAUCGCCAGCGGCCUCGGCCCGGGCAAGAAUGUCCGCAUUGCCGACAUUGACGGAGACGGCCGCGACGACUACAUUUACCUGUCCAGCACGGGGAAGACGACCAUCUACCGCAACAUGUACGGCCCCGACACCGGCCCCCACAACCGUUACUCGGCGCUGCCCGAAGCCGACGCGCUGGGCAUCGGCCAGCGCCCGGAAGAGAUUAGUUUCCACGACAUCAACGGGCAAGUUUCCUCCCCUCCUCUACCAACUGCUUUUGCGUUUCAUCCGCUGACCGAGAUUUUUUUCUUUUGUAGCGACGGCAAGGCAGACUACGUCUGGACGCGGCCGCUCGACGGGCAGGUCGAGGUCUGGCUCAACAUGUACCCGCAGCAGCCGGCGUGGAGGCACGUUGGCGUCGUCAAGGACGGUGUAGGGACGUCGGGCGCCAACGUGCGCUUCGCGGCGCUGACGGGGACGCGAAAGCAUCGGGGCAGCGGACGAGCGGACUACGUGGUGGCAGAUCCGAGCAGCGGCGCCUUUGCGGCGUGGCUUAACGGAUGCGAUGACAGAGCGUGA